AAGACCAAGUGAUUUCAUCAUUGUUGAUCAUUGUCGUGAGUCACUGGAGCGUUGAUUGCAUUAAUGCCCUUUUGGUAUUUUUUGAAUCAGUGAGGAACAUAGAUGUGCUCAUUAAGAAAUAGGUACCGUGCAAGCCGCGUGAAGGCUUUGUAGGGUUAUGAAGAUUUAGAAUCUCUCUGAAGAGUAAAUAGUUACGGUGUAAUAAUAAAUAAGGCAAAGUGAGUUUGUGGCAUCAACCACAGUGAAAAUGACGCUUAUGGAAUUUUUCGGUUGUGCUCUCCUGGCUUUCGGCCCGCCGAUGUCCAUGUUCAUAUUCACUAUCGCCGCCGAACCUAUUCGAAUUAUUAUACUAAUAGCGAGUGCCUUUUUUUGGCUUACUUCGUUAUUGCUGUCGUCAGUGCUCUGGUAUAUUGUGGUGCCACUCCAGGAACACCUGGCAUUUGGACUGGUUUUUUCAGUUUUGUUCCAAGAAGCAUUCAGAUAUCUUUUAUACUGGGUAAUGAGGAAAGCUGAAAGGGGCUUAGAGAAAGUAACUACAACACAUGUAGCAGACAGCAGACUUGUAUUUGCAUAUGUGUGUGGUUUAGGCUUUGGUUUCAUGAGCGGUGCCUUUGCUCUAGUCAAUGUUUUGGCGGAUGCAAUUGGACCUGGAACAAUGGGACUUAAACAAGGCACAGAAUACUUUUUUAUAAUAUCAGCUGCCACCACCCUCUGCUUUAUUCUACUGCACACAUUCUGGGGUGUGCUAUAUUUCUCUGCUCUGGAUAGGAAGAAUUGGGCAGCAGUUAUCUGGGUCGUUGGCUCACACUUGUCCGUCUCGUGUAUAACCUUAUUCAAUGUGUAUCAAGUUUACGUAGCUAGCCUUUUAUUUGCUUAUGGGGUUCUGAUGAUGACAAUAACAGCAACAUUUAAAGUGGCUGGUGGUAGGGCUAAAAGUAUAGCUCGUUGUUUUACAAGAAAAUGAAAGUGGGAAUGCACUGACAGAGUCAGAAAAUAGGUAGUUGUGUUUGACAAAACUGGACAUCGUGGAAUGACAACUUCUCUUUUUCCUUAGGUAUUAACUUGUAAAAGUUGCUAUUACUU